CUCCAAGAAAAACUUCGCCGCUUGAAGCGCAUAAGUUACCUGUUUUUUUUCGCGAUUCAGCUGAAUGCAACGCACAAGGCAAUAAUUUGCAAUUUAACAAUGUUUUAUUACGGAAAUGCAAACUCCAACAAUGAUCAUCACGACAAUAAACCAAUCCCGACCAAUCAUCAUCACCACCACCACCACCACCAUAGCAACAGGGACCAACAUCAUUUAGACUCUGCGUCCUUUUCCGCUGGUGACUCAUUCCCACUUUAUUUAGAACAACAGCAGCAGCAACAACAGCAGGAUCCCUCGUCUGCAACAACAGCUCAAAACAUUCCAUUGCAACAACAGCAGCAGCAUUCAACAACGGUCAAUGACAGCUCACUUUAUUUUGACCCAACAACACUACAGCCAUUCGAUUCUUCUUCAUUCCUGAACAAUCCACUUUUGUCACUUGCCGGUCAAGAAUACGAUAUGCCAAGAGGUCUAGACGACUUACAGCUACAACAUCAAGAUGGCUUUGAUACACAUGGAGACUUGUCCGCCUAUAUUGACGCAGGCAGCUGGAACCAGCAGUCUCACCAUAAUAACAACAGCUACAACAGCAACAACAAUGAAAAUAUGAUGAUGGCGUUUUCUCAGCAACAACAGCAGGCACAACCACAGCACCAGCAGCAGCACUUGUCUUCUUCGUCUCUGGCGCCAGACAAUAACAGGCAACAUGGAGCAGAAAAUGCUAUACUAAAUGCGUUUACGGCACUCGGUCAGCAGGACGAACAAGCGAUCCUCUUUUCCGACCCGAAUUUUGUACGACAACAGCAACUUUUGCAGGAACAGCAGCGGAUGAUGCAUAUGCGACAAGGGCAAGAAGAAGAUACUGGCAUGGUGGAAGGUGCGAUGGAUACGAACGAUGGUGGUGGUACUACUAGUGGCGGGUCGAUGAUGAUGCGAUCUAAUCUGUCGGCGAUGCUUGAUGAAACUUCAUCAUCGGAUGACAAAGCCGACGACAUAGAUCCUAGGGUGACCUGCUCACUCCAAGCUCCGUCACUUGACAGUUCCUGUGCUGCUGCUGCCACUACUGGCACAACAACAGCUGAUCGAAAUGCUCGACUUUUGUUUUCCCCAGCAACGCCAGCUCCAGAAUUCAAACAGCAACAACAACAACAGCAGCAGCCAUGGGAACAUAUCGCCACGUUGUCCAAGAAACAGCAACAACAGCAGCAGCAGAGGCGGACAAACAACAACAGCAACAAUGCACGGGCAUCAAAGCGGACCAGCAGCCCUAUUCCCAUUAAAGGCAUCGCUUCAUCGUGCAAUAGGCCAAUAUCAUCCUCAGUGCCUUCGGAAGUCGAUCAUCAACGAAGGCAGAACGAACUGCAGGCUAGAUUCAGGAUUACCUACGCGCGGAAACCACAACAGCAGCAACAGCAACAACAACAGCAGAUGCAGCAGAUGCAAAAAGUCGGUAGUCGAUCUUCUGCUGCUAUGGUAACUCCAUCGUCAUUUUCGGGUAGUUCGGCAGCGCACGUACAGCAGCCGUCACCCACACUUGGCACGUCAGUCCCAAAUUUUCCGUCCAGCAACAUGAAAGACUUUGAUAUGGAUUCGGUCAUGUCAAGUCCGCAAAUAGCAUUGACCCCUGACCCUUUGCUGCUACAGGGUUCUUCUUCGCCGUUAGGAAACUACCAGGAUACCAAGGGAUCGUCAGGAGCAGAAGUAGGAGCUAGCAGUGGUACUAUCAUGGAUGCAGGACAACUGCCAACAGCAUCACCGUCAUCUUCAGCAACAGCAAUACCAGGAGCAGGAAGUAACAAUACCGCCAGAGCAGCAUCCAAGAGUCCUUCAGUACAACACCAGGCCGUCAAUUUCCCUUCUCGGACAAUGCCAAUCCAAAUCCAGCGAGUGCAACGUGCAUCUGUUCCGCAACCAUUAGAUGCUGAGCAGCAUCAACGCAAACUCGAUGAUCAGCUAGAAAAGGUGAACUUUGACGACAUUACCGUCUCCGAACUCAAGGACAUGCUUCGCCAGCGAGGCAAACCUGCGACAGGCAAAAAGGCAGUGCUGGUCCAAAGGCUUAUGGAGGAACGGGAUUUCAUUCGGGCUGUCAAGAGCGGAAAGGCACAGCGUCAUUCACAACCGCCACUGCCGUCAUCAUCAUCCAACAACAAGCUGGGCGAAUCUGGUAGACCCAGAUCGUACCAGGGCACAAUGUCAUCUCCCUUAACAGCACAUGCAACAAGUAUUGCGUCUUUGCCACAAUCUCCGUUACUCGUUGCUGGAAGUAGCCCCUCAUCCAUGCCGAAUUCGUUCCUUCCUCCCGGUUCGCCAGGCUCUGUCACCUAUUCCCUCAACAGAUCUAUUGCCAACAUGCAUAUUGGAUCACCACCACCACCGCAGCAUACACGCCGAUACUCCCCUUAUGCAACUCCUGGAUCACCACGCAUGAGCUCGGCAUCGCCCAAACUUCAGCCCCAAAAGCAACAGCAACACCAUCAACAGCAGCAAGCAAACUAUUCGUCGUCCAUGCCCACUACAAACGCCAUGAUGUCAUCUUCACCUAGCAGUCUCACUUAUGGCUCGCCAUUAUCAUCUUCCUUUACAUCACGUGCACGUCCAAUCAACGCAUAUGUCUCAAACGGCAGGCCACCAAAGACAUAUGCACCCUUCACAUCAUCCGCGCUUGCCACACCGGAUCGAGAUGAUGACCGUGAUCCGUUUGACGACUUUGCAAUGGAGGAACAAGGUUACAUAAAGCGCGAGGAGGAGGAAGUAGAGGACUAUAUCAAGCAAGAGAAUAAUCCUAAUGAUUACCCAACGUCUUCGUCUCUACAUAAUACUACCGCUGAGCCCAUCAAAAUGGAAGGCCUGAAUAAUGUUGAUCCAGCAUCUGACUCUUUUCUGAAAAAUGCAAAUAUACCAGAAAGCGCAUUCGAUUAUCUUUCAGAAGGAUUUACACGAGAGGAUCUCUUAGCAGUACUUGCAGGUCAGGGCCUGGGAGACCCCAGCAUGGGCUUACAAGCAGCCAACUCCAUCAUGGAAGGCUAUAUAUCAAACGACACUACGAGUGCUCCAACGAACAACAUGAUGCUUUUUGACCAUCUCGAUAAUUUGAACCGAUACCAACAUGAAGGCCAGCAGGAAAAUGGCCCAAGAUGAAAAAGAUAAUGUUGCUUCCCCUUUGUCCUAUUCUUCCCCCGCUCCUUCCCAGCCCUUCUUUUCACUGUACAAUAUUUCUUUUUUUAUUCAUUUUAUAUAUAUACAUAUAUAUAUUUCUCUUUCCGAAAGCUUUGUUCAAUAUGGCUCAAGGGUAGUGAUAGGUUGGGGUCGCUCUUUUCGCCUUAGAAACGAAUCUGGCAGAAAUAGACCAUCAUCAUGUGUGACAUCAGCCCCCGCAUUUGGAUUAUUUGGUAGGCAUUGAUCAAUAUGCUAUUGCUUUGCAAGUCAUUUCUUUAGUACAAAGAAUUACAUACACCUUCUUUAGCUGAAGAUGAUUGCUCAACAAGAGAGAUCUGGUACUGGGAAGAAGUGUAUUAUGAUGAUGAUGAGGAGGAGGAGGGGGGGAGGAUAAAAAAAAAGAAGACAAGCUUUCUCUUGAAAAGACACAAGUCAAAGUCUCGUGAUUAUA